CCCAGAAUCCUAUUCGUGGUGGAUUACAUCACAAGAUUCUUUUGGCCAAUUUCUUGGCCCAACCCGAGGCCCUGAUGAAAGGAAAGACUAGCGAGGAAGCCCGCGCAGAGCUCGAGAAGAGUGGAAAGACAGGAGAAACAUUGGAGAGGAUUUUGCCCCAUAAGGUAUUUGCCGGAAAUAAGCCCACUAAUUCCAUAUUGUUUCAAAAGCUGACUCCCUUUAUCCUGGGCGCCUUGAUCGCUAUGUAUGAACACAAGAUAUUUUGUCAGGGAGUUAUCUGGGAUAUCAACUCAUAUGACCAGUGGGGAGUUGAAUUAGGCAAACAGCUCGCUAAAGCAAUUCAGCCAGAACUGGAGGGACCUGAACCAGUGACGUCACACGACUCUUCCACCAAUGGUCUCAUCAACUUUAUCAAAAAGCAUUCGGCGAAGUAGUGGCUUUGCUCAUUUUGACUGGUCUCAAAUGUUCAGGUUUUAGUGAUUAGUGAAUAGGCUAUCGAAAUUCAGUAGCAAAGGAACAUUUAUAACGCAUUUCAAAUAAUGUAGUGACCUGCAAAACAAGGAUAAAAUAUAGGACAUUUUUUUUUCUUUGAAAAGGAGUUACUGAAACGUAGCAGCAGUUCUCAUGUGAUGUCUGCAGGUGGUUUUAUGUGAGGCUGCCGUGGACUUAUUUACUCCUCUACGGAGAAUGAGGAGCUAGGAAACACAAGUAGAGUGAUUCACUCGAGCCACUGGAGUGCAAGCUAACGUUCUUCUGGUCAAAAAGGGUGGAUACGUGAUCACCGAAACCGUUACAGCUUGGAACUCUGUAAAGAAAUUCAGUGGGUGUACAAUGAAAUUAGACUGAAAACAAAACAGCUUGAA